AUGCCUGUACCACCUCCAGCUCCAGGGUGCCAGCCGGAGACCUGUACUAUUGCCUUGACCAGGGAAUUUAAAAAGAUGAAGCCACCAGUAUUUCAUGGCGGAAUUAAACCAUUGAAGGCCGAAGCUUGGGUCUUGGGCAUUGAAAAGUUGUUUGAAGUAUUCCCAUGUACCGAAACUCAGAAAGUGCAACUGGCAGCAUUCACCCUAGAAAAUGAUGCCAGACAUUGGUGGAUGUUAGUGCGAGAUAAUAAUAAGGAUGUUACUUGGGCUCGUUUUCUGGAAAUUUUCUAUAAGAAAUAUUUUCCCCAAUGUGUGCAAGAUAGAAAGGCAACUGAAUUCAUGGAACUCAAGCAGGGAAAUAAAUCAAUUACUGAAUAUGAAGCUCAGUUUACAAAAUUAGCUCGCUUUGCACCCCACAUGGUAGACACAUAUUACAAGAAGGCUAGACAGUUCGAAGGAGGUUUACGUGACCCAAUUCUAGAUAAGAUUAAUGUACUCAAAUUGCCGACGUAUGUGGAUGUACUUGAUAGGGCACUAAUAGCGGAGAGAAAUGUGGUCAGCCGCCUCGAUGUAGAAGUAGAUCCAGUUGAACUUGUUACAGGACGGUUGGCAUUUUCUGACCCAAUUGGACAAUCUCUUAUCAUAUGGCUCGUCUUGCCACACCAGAAGCAAGCACCAGAUAUUUGA